UUCUUCUUCUUCUUUUUUUUCCUUUUGGUUUCAACCUUCGUGAGAAAACAUGUUCUCACUGGUUAAAGAUAGGCCACUGAGGUUUGACAGCUGGCGGCUCGGCGCAUGCGCAGACCGCGCGCAUAGAGGAAGCGACACAGCGCGAGCAGCAGCAACGGACGAGCUGGAUCCGCUCGCGCGCAGCUGAUUUCUCUCCUGACACGAUCAUGUCGGUCUCGGCGUCGGCAGAUUCCCGCCGGUGUCCGUCUCCCGGAGCCUGAAUGGCGUUAGUAACCGUGCAGAGGUCGCCCACUCCGAGCGCGACAUCCAGCCCGUGCGUUUCGGAGUCCGGCAGCGGGGAGGAUGAUCGCCGAUCUCACCCCAGAAGCAUUAGCGAGAGCUUCUUAACAGUGAAAGGCGCCGCGCUCUUCCUCCCAAGGGGAAAUGGCUCCUCCUCAUCGUCCAUCUGCUCCUCGCAGAUCACAGGGCUGCGUAGCAAACAUGCAGGAGAUCUUCAGCAGCACCUUCAGACCAUGUUCACUCUGCUGCGGCCGGAGGACAACAUCCGUCUGGCGGUGCGGUUGGAAAGCGUGCACCCUCAAUGCACACGCUACAUGGUUGUAGUGACCACAAAUGGACGGCAGGACACAGAGGAGAGCGUGGUGCUGGGCAUGGACUUCAGCCCCUUGGACAGUUCCUGUUCAAUAGGCCUGGUGCUUCCUCUCUGGAGUGACACACUAAUCCAUUUGGAUGGAGACGGGGGGUUCAGCGUGUCCACGGAUAACAGGAUCCACGUUUUCAAGCCCGUCUCAGUCCAGGCCAUGUGGUCGGCUCUGCAGUCUCUGCACAAGGCAUGCGAGGUAGCUCGCUGUCAUAACUACUUUCCCGGCAGCCUCUUCCUGACCUGGGUCAGCUACUACCAGAGCCGCAUGUCGUCGGACCAGGUCCACAUCAACGAGUGGAACGCCAUGCAGGACGUGCAGUCGCACCGCGCCGACUCACCCGUGCUCUUUUCUGACGUGCCAACGGAGCGAGAGAGAACGGAGCGGCUGAUCAAGACACGUCUACGAGAGAUCAUGACGCAGAAAGAUCUGGAGAAUGUCACCUCUAAAGAUAUCCGCACAGAACUGGAAAUGCAGAUGGGGUGUACCUUGCGAGAGUUUAAAGAGUUCAUCGAUAACGAGAUCAUUGUCAUCCUGGGGCAGAUGGACAGCCCUACUGAGAUCUUUGAGCAUGUGUACCUGGGUUCUGAAUGGAAUGCGUCCAACCUGGAAGAGCUACAGAACAGCGGGGUUCAGUACAUCCUCAACGUGACACGGGAGAUCGAUAACUUCUUCCCCGGUCUGUUCGAAUACCACAACAUCCGCGUGUACGAUGAAGAGGCCACGGAUUUGCUCGCGUAUUGGAACGACACGUACAAAUUCAUCUCCAGAGCCAAGAAAGCAGGAGCCAAGUGUCUGGUGCACUGUAAGAUGGGCGUGAGCCGCUCGGCCUCCACCGUGAUAGCGUACGCCAUGAAGGAGUACGGCUGGGACCUGGAGCAAGCCUUCGACUACGUCAAAGAGCGCCGUGCCGUGACCAAACCCAACCCCUCGUUUAUGAGGCAGCUAGAGGAGUACCAGGGCAUCCUGUUGGCCAGCAGGCAGAGGCACAACAAACUGUGGCGUUCCCAUUCGGACAGCAAUCUGUCCGAGCUCCACGAGCCGCUUGUCAAAGCUCCUGGGGCGCAGUCGCUGGGCCGUUCCAAUCCCCGCAACCAGAGCCAGGCGUCUCCGUCUCUGCAGGAGCUUCUCCAGACUCUCACUCCUUCCUCAGCCCCUGCAGGAGAAAAAAAGGGCCGCGCGCACGAGGCGCCUGUUGCAAAUGGGCUCGGAAACUCAGAAGAGAGCCUCACCGCCGAGGAGCCCCCUAAACCCCGAGCAGCUACAGUAGUGCCUGGUGCCCGACCCACUUCAGCGCCCAUAAACAUGCCAGAAUCAGUCCCGGUGAGCCGGCCUCAUCCACCCGCUGCUCUUCAUCACCCCACCUCAUCGCCCACGCUCCACCCAGAUGCAGAGGCCAAACCAGUCAGCCACAAGCAGCCAGAUGUGUGUUCCCCUAACAAAACAGGGUGUGUUAGAAGUAGAACCCCCGAGCCAAGCAGACCUGCCCCAAACUCUUCCUCCACCUCCUCAGCUGCAGGGCAGCACACACAGGUGCCUGAACUUAGGCAAAAAUUCAGCCAGCAAGUGCCUGACGCAGACAUGAACUCCGCAGGGCUAGGUCACGCCAAGGACGAUAACCACCACCAACACCCCAGUGCCACAAUACAGGAAGCGGGCCUUUCUGCUUCCCCUCCGUCAGAUCUCAGCUCUGACCGCAUCGAUUUCUUCAGUGCCAGAGAGAAAUUCCUCGGCCUCUCUCAGGAGGCUCAGAGCCGUGGGAGUUCUGAGCAGGUGGUGCAACAGAACCCGCGAGAUAAAAGCCCAAACCAGGAGCAGAAGCUCACGUUUCCUGAGCACGCCGUUAAAAGGGAAGAGGAACAGAAAAAGGAGACCAGCAGUGUUUUGGUUUAUAACACAGUCUCAGAAAUGGAAUCCACAAGGCCCAGCACAACUCCUCCUCCUUCUCCUGCCAGCCAACCUGAUCUCAGUAGCUUAAAGGAGGAGAAGGAGGAGGAGGAAGUCAAAAACUCACCGCAAGAGGAGAACGUGGAGCUCAAAGAAGCCCUCCAAGGCGACUGGACAAAGGGUACGGUGCGGCGAGCCACCAGGCAGCUAGAACAGAAGAUGAAGCAAGACGUUCCCUCGUCAACGCUGCUAUCAGGUGCUCUCGGCUCUCCCACACAGCGUUCCGUCGGUAGCACCAGCACCAAUGACAGAACCGAGAACACUUCACCUCAUUCAGACCUCUUCCCCGGUUUGAGCACUGUGCCAGCCCACCACCAUCGGCCUGAGGAAACGGCUGAGACAAAAACAGUGGAAGAGGAACCUUUACCUGUAGAGGAAGCAAUGGGAAAAGGGUGCAACAUAAGACUCAGGGAAGAAGAGCUUGGACACACUGGAUUUCUAGAGACAGACAUGAGCCUCUUACACUUGAAGCAAAGCCUUUCCACUCCAUCCAGUUCGUCUUCAAAUGCCGUUUUUAAGUUAAGGGGUGUCACGGAGGAGGAGACAAGCACCGAAUGCCUUUUACAAGACCACCUGAGGGAGAUGUUGGAGACCCUGAGACAGCUCGGUGCAUUCCUUUGCCAGGUAAGCAGCACAUCAGACAAGAGGCCGAGCCACCCUUGGUCUGGGAAAGAACAGAAAAGAGGGUGGGUUGUUCAAGAACGAGCCAAAGAGGUAGAGGCAAGAAUGCGUCAUGCCGGUCUGACCCCGCCCUCGCUGAUCAAGAGAUCGGCCUCCCUGGCUAAGCUAGGCUCCCUCGACCUGUCAGCUAACGACCUGAGCAAACUGGAGCGGAGUCCCGUGUCUUCAUUCCCAAGCACUGUAAAGCCACGCCCUCACUCUUUUACUGAUGAUACCUCAAAAAAGAAGCGCAUUCUACCCAGACGGACACCCUCCCUCCCUCCGUCUUGCACACCUCGCCUCCCUUUAGCUGGAUCACACUUGGAUAAAAGGUUGGAAAACUGCCAGUCUGGAGAAGUAGAGCACUCGGUCCCCAUGCCACUGCCAGUCUCACCAUCGUCUAACGAAUGCUGUGGGGAAAGAAAGGUCCCAGAUUCAGCAUACACUCCAGUGCCGGCGCCUGCCUUAAUAUCAGUGGCGACACGGCAACAGUAUGGUAGGACUCAUCCCUUGAUGAGGCUUCAAAAACGACCCACGAACUCCUACUAUCACACCAUGUGACCCAGGCUGUUGUUUUCCUCAUGUGUUUGUGCUGUGUGCAUGUGUUCUCUCUCUCUUUUUCUCUUUCUCCACACAUACCUCAGUGGGCCUUAUAAAAACCAGAAAUAAUACAAAACUGCCAGGUGGCUUUUGGAGCCAGUGAUCAGAUAUACAGUAAGAAGCACAAAGCUAGCAAUUAGAGAAGUUACUGGUUUUUGUGAUGGGGUUGAUGGGGCAAUUUUAAUCCCGGAUCCAUCAGCAAUGAAUAGAAAUUCUGGUUUAAAAAAAAGAAAAAAGUUUGAUCCUCACUUUGCACAAUAUCUGUCAAAUGGUUUAUUACACACAAGUGAUAAAUUUAGAGUUUCCUCUUAGCCUGCAGCUGCGUUCUGCAGAAUGAUCUUGAACUGAAAUAGAUUCUCAAUUGUCUGGGGAUUUUGUGUGUGUGUGUGUGCGCGAUUUAAAGAGACACGGAUGAAUAAAUGUUAAAACACCAUUCAGAUAUGUAUGUAAUGUAAAUGAAAGCAAAGUUGUUAUGGAUGUCUGAUUAGUGUGCAUGUUAAGCUCAGUUAAGAAUGGAACAAGUCCUGUGGUACGUAGAAUGUAGAUCUCUGGGGCUUAGUGGAUGUAUGUAUAGAUUCAUUUUUAAUGGAUGUGUAUGACUGUAUAUGUAAAUGUAUGUGUGCACCUAUUUUUUCCCCGUGUUCAAAUCUUAAGUGCAGUUUCUCCUUUUUUUUAGUAAUAUAUAAGCAAAUGCGGGGAAGUUUUUAAAAUGCACUUUAUCUUUUUUAUUAUGUUUUACAUUUUUUAAUCUGUGGUUUGUAAUCUGGACGCAUGCUGGCUGAGUGUGUAUUUAAGGUGGCCUGUAUGAUGCAACGUGCAAUUUUGUCUUUUUUUUCCUGUUCCUUGUAAAACUGGAUUUUCUUUUUAAUCUACUUAAACUGUGACAAUUAAAGAACGUUUAAGGAAAAACAAAUACCUGCGAUUCUGUCACAUUAGAU